GCCCUCCCGCUUGCAUGAUCAGUUUAUCCCUAGAAGCAACUAGCUACUCCAGGUGCAUAGGUGCCAUGCAGCCCCGGGUGCUCCUCAUCGUGGCCCUCUUGGCGCUCCUUGCAUCUGCUCGAGCUGAAGAGGUAGAAGGGUCCUUGCUGCUGGGCUACGUGGAACAGGCCGCCAAGAAGGUACAGGAUGCUCUAACCAGUGUGCAGGAGUCCGAGAUGGCUGUGCAGGCCAGGGGCUGGAUGGACGGUGGCCUCAGCUCCCUGAAAGAUUACUGGAGCACCUUUACUGACAAGUUCUCCGGCCUCUGGGAUUCUACCCUCAAGGCCCAACCAACCCCAGCUGCUGAGCCUUGAGACCUCUAUAUUCCAAAUGUACCUGUAUGUCCAUCCUGUUUGCCUCUGGGCAGGCUGGGUGUCCCCCAAAGGAAAGCAUUCUCGUGUUUUCACCCCUUCCCCAGACCUCACCUAAACAGACUGCUCCUAAUAAAGCUGGAUAAGAAGCUGCCAUGA